AUGUCCCCAACUUCCGUCUCUUCCGACGACGACUUCUACGACGUCCCCCAGUUCGUCUUCGUCCCCAAGCACAAGACACAUCUCUCCCCCUCCGCCCCCCGCUCCAUGGAGCCCCAGAAGCCAAAGCCCAAGGGCAAGGGCGGCCCCGGGAAGAAGCGCUCCCGCAUCAAGCCCAAGUCCGACAUCAACGCCCGCGAGGCCACCGUCCGCAGCCUGGACCAUCUCGGCCUGACCGCGCGCCCCAUCUCCUCGGCCGCCAAGCCGCCUCCGCCCAAGCGCGCGUAUGGCCGCGGCAAGCGCAAGCUCGGCCGCAAGAAGCCCGACGAAGACGACGCCGCCGCCAGCUCGGGCGACGAGUACGCAGGCAACCUGCUCGACACUUACAUCGGCCAGGUCGGCGCAUGCCGCGCCCUGGGCUUGCAGGCCGCCGACGUACUCAACCUACACGCGUGGCGCAGGUUGACGGAGGAGGAGCGCGAUUCAUUACGCGCCCAUCUCCCGCAGUCCUUCUCGCGCAAGGAGAAGGAGGACACCGUACAUCGCCUGCUGCAGGGCGACUCGAUCUAUUUUGGGUCGCCGCGCGAUCGCAUGUUCGACGCUGUGGCCGCCGGAUGCACGCACCCCAGGGUCCGCCGCUGGCGCCUCCGCGUCACGCUGAUUGAGCGCAGGCAUCACUUGCUCACGCUGCGCGAGUUCCAUGACCGCACCGUCCGCCGCUUGCUCGCACGCAAGGCCUGUAUCGAGGUCGCGCAAGACUCGUUAGCGGGGCUGGCCGCCGUGGGGGGGAACCUCACCAAGAAGGGAGGCGCCUUGCAAGCCCUGCCGGGGCGUAUCAGUGCCACAGCAGAGGCUGCCGCACAGCGUCAGGUCAACGAGUGGGAUGCAGAUCGCUGGCGCAGGGUCCUGGACUUUCGUAACCAGGAGACGCAGCGGUAUAACGUCCCGGAACGGGCGUAUAGAUAUGAGAACCCAUGGGGGCAGUCGAUCGUGGGGCCGCUUAAGAGGGGUCCGGCUCUGGAUGGGGGUAGGCCGAGGGAGCAUGUUUUGUUGCGGAAUGAGCGCCCUAGUCAUGUCACCAUUUUGUGCAUUGUGCGAGAUGCGGCGUCGCGUCUUUUGAACAAUCGCGGCACGAGGGCGGACAUUUGUGAUCUGCUGAGGGAUAGCCAAUACCUACGGGAGCAUGCGACGUUUCAGCAGUUGAACACGGUGGUGUCUGGCGCGCUUGACCGUCUGCACUAUGAGGAAAAUGCGCCGGUUCGGUACGACGCUGAGACUAAGGAAUGGUGCUACCUGCACAACGAUAUGGAUGUGCAUGAUUUUGAGAGACCGGUUUGGGCGAGAGAGAGUAACGUCAAGCAAGAUACGGUGACAUUGCACUCAACGCGCAACUCGACCAGUGCUAUUGUACGAAGCAGGCCGAAGAAGAAGAGGAGGAAAAAGAUGUCAUGAUAUGUAUGCAUCAGGCUCGAAGGUGCACUUCCGUUAUUUGGGUUGCGGGUUUCAAAGUGACGAUCUUGGCGUCGCCUUCUGGUACACUCUGAACGGCCCUCCCAUAAGUUCUUGAACUUAAAAUAUGCUGGGCAACAUAACUUAAAUGUUUCAGCAGCGUACGAUAUUAGAAAGCGUAACCUAAUUUAUCCGUCGCGCAAUGGUACUCACUAAAAAGCACGGCCGGCAUCACUUAACCGUCAUUGCUAGGGAUGCGUUUCUAGGAACAUAUCCUCAAGCUGGCAAGUUUGU